AUGUGCAUGAAAGUCUUUGCCCUCCACCGCUGCCUCGCCCUUUCGAAAGGCGGAUGCGAUGGCUACUACGCCGAGUACGUCGAAGACCAGAACUGCAACAGAAUGUUGCACGGAGGUCUCCCCCAGUUAGAUUGUCCCUCUGUAUGGGCGGGUUUUGAAGACGAGAUGAGCACUAAAGUCAAUCACCGCGACUACUACGCCAAAAAGUCCAAGGGCCUCUGCCCGCAAUGCCAGCACGACCGGCAGAUUACUUAUCUCCAGGGCCAAGCCGAGCUUGAGCGCAACGGCGAGUUUUCGGACCGCGUACAGGCUCUCAUCGAGAACCUCACGCGGAAGGCAGAGCUCGGUCACACCGAGGUCAUGUUGCGAGUAUACCACGAGCUGUGGGACGCGGCGCAGGGCCUCGUCGCCGGGCUAAGCAGCAAAACGGACGCUGCGUGGCACUGCAUCGAGGUGGCGUUGUGGACACACUUUGGCGUCGACGGCAUGACGCUGGCUCCCGUGCGGGCUAUGGUUGCGUCGUUGCGGGAGGUGAAGAGGGAAUUGUUGGGGCACUUGAGGACGAACAUCAAGGAGAUGGCCGUUGCGCUGGUGGGACCGAAUGAGUGUUGGGACGUUGACCUCGAGAUUGGGGGUUAUAUCGAUGAGGAUUGGAAGAGACAGCGACAGGCGGCUGUUGAGGCCUCGCGGCAUAGGGUACGGGAGGAGGAGCAGGAGGAGGAAGAGCAGCUGUUGUUACAGUAA